UGUGCGUGAUGACGUCAUGUUUUGGUAUACCGUGGAGCAGCAGCGAAGUGUCAACAGAGGACAACGGUGGAGCCGCGCGUCACAGACUUAUUCCCAUCAUGGCAAUGAGAAGCGCUGUGAGUCGUCUCUUGGUCAGCACUCAGAGAUGUGUCAUCCUCUCCUCCUCCAGAGCUCAGACAACUGCAGCGUCUGUCAGACAAGAUGCAGAGAAGAUUGAGCUCAAGUCUAAAGCACCGAAGGUCCAGUUUAACUGGCGUGACAGCUUGGACCUGGAGGGUCAGCUGACGGAAGAGGAGAUCAUGAUCAGGGACUCCUUCCGAACCUACUGCCAAGAGAAACUCAUGCCUCGCAUCCUGAUGGCAAACAGAAAUGAAGUUUUCCACAGAGACAUCGUGUCUGAGAUGGGAGAGAUGGGCGUCCUGGGCCCAACCAUUAAAGGUUAUGGCUGUGCUGGGACGAGCUAUGUGGCCUAUGGUUUGAUAGCCAGAGAAGUGGAGCGAGUGGACAGUGGCUAUCGCUCAGUCAUGAGCGUGCAGUCGUCGCUGGUCAUGCACCCCAUUUAUGCCUACGGCACUGAGGAGCAGAAAGAGAAGUACCUCCCCAAGCUGGCCCGUGGAGAGAUCCUGGGUUGCUUCGGCUUGACGGAGCCGAACCAUGGCAGUGACCCCGGCGGCAUGGAAACCAGAGCCAAAUACAAUCCGUCCAGUAGCUCCUACUCUCUCACCGGCUCAAAGACCUGGAUCACCAACUCCCCCGUGGCAGACGUCGCUGUGGUCUGGGCCAAAUGCGACGAUGGGAAGGUCCGUGGCUUCAUCUUGGAGCGCGGGAUGAAAGGCUUCUCCACGCCGAAGAUCGAGGGAAAGUUCUCCCUGAGAGCCUCGGCCACCGGUAUGAUCGUCAUGGACGAGGUGGAGGUUCCUGAGGAGAACCUGCUUCCCAAAGUGUCCGGCCUUGGGGGUCCUUUUGGCUGCUUGAACAACGCCCGGUAUGGCAUCGCGUGGGGGGCGCUGGGUGCUGCAGAGUUCUGUUUCCAUGCAGCUCGUCAGUACACGCUCGACAGAAUCCAGUUUGGCGUGCCGCUGGCAAGGAAUCAGCUGAUGCAGAAGAAAAUGGCCGACAUGCUGACGGAGAUAACCAUCGGCCUCCAGUCGUGUCUGCAGCUGGGAAGACUCAUCGAUGAGAAAAAAGCGGCCCCAGAGAUGAUAUCCAUGCUCAAGAGGAACAGCUGUGGUAAAGCCCUGGACAUCGCCAGACAGGCCAGAGACAUGCUGGGAGGAAACGGCAUUUCAGACGAAUACCACGUCAUCCGCCACGUCUUGAACCUGGAGGCCGUCAACACAUAUGAAGGCACUCACGAUAUCCACGCGCUGAUCCUGGGCAGAGUCAUCACCGGACUCCAGUCCUUCACUGUGGACAAAUAAACACUAACUCUAGAUCGACAGGACUCUACUGUCAGAAGCGUAACCCGCACAUCGACUCUGUAAUGAGACACAAGCAGUUUUCCGUUAGUUUUGAUCAAAUGUCCUCUGUAUAAUGGUAAUGGGGUUUUCUUUCCCUCAGGUUUGGGAAAUAUAUGCAUUGAGUGCUUUUAUUUUUAAAAAGAAAGAAAAGCUAUUUUUCUAUAUCGGUCACAACAGUGUUUUCCAAAUCCUUGUUUCACACUCGGUUUGUUUGGACUUCAUCAUCGUUCACUGAAGUGACGUACGAAAACUGAAUCAGGUCAAGAUCAGAGAUUUGCUGAUGAUGAAUGCAAAGUUAAUACUCUAAUCGGAUUUGAAAUAAGCUGGUAGGUUUUUUUGUUUGGUAUUUGAUCCAAUUAUUUAAACCAGUCUGUGUGUAGUUUGUCGAUCUAAUGGUUCUGAUGGUUGCACUUUACAGGAUGAAACACUAAGAUAACAUUGCAUGGUUUGCCAGAGGUCGGAAGUUCCUCAGUGCUUUAUAUAAAUAAAAGUUAUUUAAGUGUCAA